AUGCUCGAGAAAAGGGCCAAAGGAGCGAAAACCCCCGAUGAGAGGCAGCUCAUGAAUGAGUGGAACAUCAAGGUCUAUGCAGAUUCAAGAAACGUCAAAGCUUUCUUACUCCGGCCUUUCCCAAACUUCCCUUCUGUCGGUCAUGCUAUAGUCAUCUUCCUCUAUUGCGCCAUCAACCUUAUCUUUUGCUUCGUCAAUCUCGAGUUCAAUAAGCCCAGCAAUUUUGCUGCUAGGUUUGGGUGGAUGUCCAUGGGUAACAUCGCGUUGGCCGUUUUCUUUGGCUUGAAAAACACGCCACUGGCUCUGCUUAGUCCUUUCUCCUAUGAUGGACUGAAUCUUUUACAUCGAAUCGUCGGUUACACUGCCGUUGCUCAGAUGGUCUUCCACGGUAUCUGCUACAUGAAGUGGGAGGACAUGCAUCAAGCCUGGUCCAAAUUUCUGGAGCCCGAGAACUGGGAAGGAAUCGCUGCGGGAUUUGCCAUGUUGGUUCUCAUGAUGGGGUUCCUCAGGCGCUUUGGAUACGAGGUCUUCUACAUAAGCCACAUCAUCGGCUGCAUCCUGACACUUGUUUUCGUGGGAUUACACAGACCCUAUUGGGUCGAGAAGAUCUGCAUAGCGAGUCUAUUUGCCGCCUGCAUCUGGAUCAUCGACCGCUUGAUCCGGGCAUGGAGAUUAAUGUUCAAUUUCGUCGAUAAUAGAGCCACGCUUCAUGCCUUACCAAACGGCGGCGUGAAGCUGAUAUCGACAAAGCAGCUUGCGUGGGCGGCCCCAGGCUCGCACUGCUUCGUCUGGAUCCCGAGUGUCCGGCCAUUCGAGACGCAUCCUUUUACUAUAGUAUCUAACACGACCUCUGGUCUCGAGCUUAUUAUGAAGUCUCACAGUGGCUUCACCAAAGCAGCUUAUCAGUAUGCAGUCUCAAGACCAGGUGCCAGUAUCCGGGUCUCUUUCGAUGGGCCCUAUGGGUCCUUCCCAGAUCUCACAUGUUAUGAUAGGAUUGUUCUCAUUGCAGGAGGGAGCGGUGCUACCUUUACAAUGGGCUUGGCUUGUACAGUCUUAGAGUCGCUUGGGCCUGAUUCGACUCAAUUUAUCGACUUUAUUUGGGCAGUAAAGACAAAGGAAAACCUGGCUUGGUUCUCAGAGCAGUUGGAAAAGCUCAGAAGCCAUGCAUCACAUGUGUCUCUCAGCUUACACAUUACCACUGACAAUGUACAAAUGUCAUCUGACGAGAAUCUCAGUUCUAUUUUCAGCGCGUCACCUCAUGAUACACCGACGCCUGAGACGCCUGAGAUCACAGAGAAACACGUUUCGGAGUCUGGGAGUCCCUUAGAGACCGACGAAAUGCCAGCUGAAAAAGAGACGCAAGGAAACAUGAACUCAGUCAAUACGGCUGAAGUAAACAACAGGCAUGGUCUCAAGUAUGAAAAAUUGAGGGCGGAAGCCAUGAUCCAUGAGUCAAUCCAAACAGCUGGAAGCGACAGCCGUAUUUUGAUUGCAUCAUGCGGGCCCAAGUCUCUUAUGGCAGCCGUCUCGGCCGCGGCGACCCGACAUAUGACACCAGAGGGCCCAAGCAUAGAUGUCCAUUGUGAGUCUUUUGGAUGGUAA